AACUCAAGCAAGAAAAUCCCCACGUCAGUGUCAAUAACAAAUGUCAAAAUUGCAACUUUUGUGUUUUUAUUUAUUGUGAUAUUCCGCCCCCCAAAUGUCGAAUCCCUACGCCAGGUCCACUAACCCGUUCGAGAACGACGACGACGUCGACGAUGAGCUGUUUUUGCGCAACUCGCGUCGGUCGCAAGGGGGCCCCCAGGCGUCUUUCGACGACCAGUUGCAGUCCUUCCAGGAGCGCAAACGGGCCAUCGAAGACCGCACCAUCAACAGCACGGAGAAAAGUUUGAGUAUUUUGCGCGAUUCCGAACAAAUUGGCAUCGCCACAGCCGAAGAAUUGAUGAGGCAAAGAGAGAAGUUGGAGAAAACUGAUAAGCAAUUGGAUGAAAUCAACGCGACUUUGAGAUUCUCCCAGAAGCAUAUCAACGGGAUCAAGUCGGUUUUCAACAGUUUGAAGAACUACAUGGCGGGGAAAAACGACGCAAGUCCGAGCCCCCCGUCAAAGACAACUAAAUCAGAGUCUGAAGAUUUGCACAAAGAGUUCGAGCAAAAGUUGUCGACUUAUGACCGCUUCGAGAAUCAUCCCUCAACCAGGUUGAAAAACUUGGAUUAUAAUAAUGCGGGGCAAACGUCAGGGAGUAAGGAUUUUAGUGCGAAACUGGACGCCAAUUUGCAAGAAAUGUGUUCAAAUAUAUCACGCUUGAAAAAUUUAGCCACGGAUUUGUCGUUCGAGAUUGACUCGCAAAAUGACUUGAUUAGCACCAUUACUGAUAAGGCGGAGACGGCUGAUAUGACCAUCACCAAGCAGAACAAAGAUAUGAUGAGAAUAUUGAAAAAAUCCUAGUGUUUUUAGUUUUUAAAGCGGAAAUCAAAAUGUUGCACUUUUCUGUCUUGUAAUUGAUUGUAAUACUCUCUGUUUAGUUGAUUAGUAAUUAUUUGUAUAUUUGGAGCGUAAAUGGAUCUAUCGAUUGUUGUUAUGAUUGCAUUAUUAUGUGAAUAAAUUCUUUAAUAAUGAA